CUUAUGCCAACUAGUAGAUCUCUUUUGCUUUCUUCACAAAACAGAGUUGAGAACUGAAUGAAAAAGCCAUGUUUUUAAAGACACCUGCGAUGGAUUGACUUGUUUCAUUCUGCUGAUGAGGUUUUGGACUAUGUCUUUGGCUGACACAACAAAAGUACACACAAAUGAGCAUUUCCCCAGCCUGGCACUAGGAAGCACCAGGUCUGCAGAAGGCAGGAGUGCCCCGGGGGCUAGCCGGCUGUCACGAGGCAGCAGGGCUUCCAACGGGAGCGUGGACUACAGCCGGUCCCAGUGUUCCUUCCGAAGUCUGACCUCUCACUACGACUAUUCGGAAGACUUCCUCUCCGACUGCUCAGACACAGCUGCUAACAAACUUCAGCCAGAGCCGAGUCUGGGGAUAGAAAGGGAGAAAAGGAAGUAUACCGCUUCUAAACUCUUUCAGCCUAAAGGCCUGAAGUACAUCCCAACUGAGAAAAAGCACAUCUGGAAUGCUUCAUUUUUCAAUUCUCAAAUCCAAACAAUUGCCAAGAGAAGAGACGCCAUGACGCAUCGAAUACUGUCAGCCAGGCUUCACAAGAUUAAAGAGCUGAAGAAUGAGUUAGCUGACAUCCAUCGAAAGCUGGAAGCUACUCUCAUAGAAAACCAAUUUCUGAAACAACUUCAGCUUAGGCACCUGAAAGCUAUAGGGAAGUAUGUGAACUCACAAAACAAUCUACCUCAGAUUACAGUCAAGCACCAGAACGAGGUGAAGAGCCUUCGCCAGCUCCUCCGGAAAUCCCAAGAGAAGGAGCGGACGGUGUCUAGGAAACUCCGAGAAACGGACAGUGACUUACUGAGGACCAAAGAUGCCUUGCAAGCCCUACAGAAACUCUCAGAAGACAAGAACCUCGCCGAGAGAGAAGAGCUAACUCAAAGGCUUACCAUUCUUACAGCCAAAAUGGAGGCGAAUGACAAAAAAAUACAGAACUUGGAAAAGCACCUGAGGCUGAACAACCAAUCCUUUGGUAGGCAGUUGGCCAAAGAAAACCGGAAGACACUAGCAGCUCAAACAGCGACCAAGAAUCUGCAGGGCCAAGUGAAGCAGCUGCAGCAGAAGCUGAAGGAGAAGGAUCGUGAGCUGGAAAUCAAAAACAUCUACACUAAUCGAAUACUUAAAAAUUUACAGGAGAAGGAGGAUUACCCAAAAGUUUCUUCAACAAAAUCAGUACAAGCAGACAGGAAAAGUUUGCCGUUUGUAAAUAUAAGACACCAAGAAACCCAAAAGUCAGAUGUCCCAGCUUGGACAACUAAGGGUAAAAAGAUAACAGGAAGCAUUGGUCAUAAAGAAAAACUAAUUGAAAUAAACCCUGAAAUUUCAUACCAUAUAUGUAACCUACCAAAGCAAGAGGAAUCUAAGAGAAAAUAUGAAGCAAACCUCACUGCCUCGAAGAGCACAUUGCCUGCUCACGCUCCCCGGGAACUGGCGGCCACCGAGCAGACCGCUCCUCUGGAGAGUCACUCUUAUGCUCAACCAGCACAUCGACCUCAGCGCCGGGAGACAGGGCUCUCACAGAACCAAGCUCCCUUCACCCUCCAGCAGUGCUUAGGACCUGUGCCUGUCCAGCCCCGCAGUGCUAGGGGCACGGCUGUGACCCAACCUUGGGGUUUUGCCCUCAGCCUGCCCCCAACCACUGUGUCAUGGUGGGGAGAGGACCCUAACAGCCAUGUCUUGUUUGAGGCACUCAAUGCUCCAUCUCCUAAUGCAGAGUUAUCAAAGGAGGUCCAGCACCCAAACCCACAAGCCUCCCUGGGAACUAUUAGGAGGCAAAACGACACAAGGGAGGAGACAGAGAAGAAAGCCACGCCAUCAGACGCAGAGCCACCCACAAGAGGAAGGGAGGUGCCUACUGACGUGGAGAUCGAGGCCCCGGCCAGGGCAUCGAGCAGGGCGGCCAAGGUGGUGGAGGCCGGGGAUGCGGAGACCGUGCAUGGCCACAUGAAGAUCCCACGGCCACGGAAGCACUACUCCUUCACGGAGGCCACUGAGGCCCUGCACAACGGGCUGCCCACGCCCUGCGUGCAGGGCAGCCCUCGCUGCCGCCACGGCGUGGGCAAGCACCGCAGCAACCAGGAGCUGCGGCUGGAGCCCAGCGGCUAUGAACCCUCUUUCGGCAAGGCAGCCAGGGCCAGGGCCAAAGAGACGGCAGCGUUCCGGGACAAGAAGAGCAGUCUCAUGGAGGAGCUGUUCGGCGCGGGCUUUGCAGCUAGGGCCGGCCCUGCCAAGGAUGAGGCGCUUGGCAAGGCCCAGCGGCUUGGCCAGGCCUCAGCCAGCAAUGCCUUCGGGGACUCCAGAGCCGCCACCGUGGUGCACUCCAUCCAGACCUCGCCGGAAGGAAAGAGGAAAACAGUUCUUUAAAUGCGAAGGUAGCCUAAUACAUUGUGCACUUCUAUGGGUGCCUUUAGUCUGACUGUGAGAAAGCUUACAUAGUGUUUUAGUAUUUGGGUGGACUGUGGGUAAUUUGAGUAAUUUGCUUUAUUGCU